ACCCUGCUCCGUCCAUGGCCCCGCGGCCCGCUCACGGCUGCGGCAGCGGCGCUCUGCUGGGGCGCUUCGGGGUCCUGCUGCAGGCGCUGCUGGCCCUCUGCGCCUUCAGCACCCUCAUGCGGUUAAGUGGUUUAACACAAGCUGGAUGACGUGCCAGAACUCGAUCUGUUUUCCUUGUUUAAAACCCUGUGGUGACGGUGAACUAAAACUUCCAAGCGUUCUGGCUCAGUAGCUGCACGUUUUGAGGCUCGUUUGCCUCUUUCUGCCUUCUGGAAACCACUUCCAAAGUGCUGCGGUUAACACCAAGCUGCCAGGGAAUUCUGCAACAAGUUCUUCCUGCGAUAACCGGUAACUUUUUCCAGCUGGAGUAGCCCACUUGCAACCCUUCACUGCUUGUGUUUCACAAAGUAGUGUGUGUCUGUUCCCCUUAGUGAUGUGCACACAUGGGUUAAUUGUCCCAUAAACUCCACAGUGAAAUCAAGGACAUCAGUUCAUCAUAUCAAAAUACUCCUGUGGAUGAAGGCUGUGUAACCCCUGCUUGGCAAAUCAUCAACCCUGAGCUAACCUCCCCCUGGUGCAGGGGCUGAUAUUUCCUUGAACAUCAAACACCUCUUGGUUAAUGAGGAGAAACCGAAAGCUGAUCCUGUUGUGGUUUCGUCGUGACUCAGCUCGAUGUCUAAAGCUGUGAACGAAACUGCUGGCUGGGCCUCCAAAGCAGAUGUGUUUACAGCCCUGGGAUCUCAACCACAGCACCUCCUCUGGCUGCAGCUGAGCUGGUGGUCUCUGAUUCACCACAACUGCUGCUUAUCUGUGUCCUGUUGGCUCCCCAUGUGCGGAGGGUUUCUCAGGUCUGCUGCUGGGGCUGUUUGUGUGCAGGCUUCUAACCCAUGCUGGUUGUAGCAGGCUUACCAAUGACUUUACAUCAGACACUAACUUAAGAAGCAGCUUUUGGGUUAUUCAUGUGGCCUGUUUGGAUGGGAGCCUCUUGAGCUGGUGGUGAUGUGUGGCCUUCUCAUAGAUACUCACAGAUACUUGGGAACCUUGCCUGCAUCUUCAUGAGCCCAUCAUCAAGCCAGGCAGCCCCAACUGAAGCAGAACUUGGCCACUGCUGUUCCUGGAGUCAGUGUCAGCCCUUCUUGGGUACUUCAUCCUUCAGUACUGUGACAUUGCUGGGGGUGUAUUUCUGCUGUUUGUAUGUCUGUCACUUCUGCUUUAAUGGGAUGUUGCAGGCCAGCUUGCUUGGUGUUGCAGUAAAACGAUUUAAGGAACCAAAGGCAGAGAGGCGUCCCUGGAGAAUAUGGUUUUAUGAUGCAUCCAAGCAAGCAAUAGGCUCCCUCUUCAUCCACUUUGCCAAUGUUUUUCUGUCGGAUCUCACUGAAGAGGACCCUUGCUCUCUCUACCUUAUUAAUUUCAUCCUUGAUGCCACACUGGGGAUGCUGCUGAUCUGGCUUGGUGUGAAGGUUGUCUCCUGGAUCGUGCAGCAUAAGAAGUACACGUACCUGGUCUUUGGAGAAUAUGGUGACCCUCCACAAGCUGCUGCCUGGAUUGGCCAGUGUGCCCUCUACUUGCUGAUUAUGGUGUUUGAGAAGGCUGUGAUUAGCCUUGUCCUGCUUAUCCCUGGUUGGACAAAGCUUCAGCAGAUCCUCCUGGGUUACAUCCCAAAUCCUCAGCUGGAGCUCAUCCUGGUCAUGCUCAUUGUGCCUUUUAUAGUCAAUGCCAUUAUGUUCUGGGUUGUGGACAGCUUGAUCAUGAAGAAAUAUAAGCAGAAGGACACCAUAGAUAUCAAUGGAUCCAUAGAAACUCCUCAUGCUAGGAGGACUGAGGAAUCUCAGGUUUUACUCUCUCCAGACAUGGAUUUUGAUCAGUCUGAAAGUGACCAGGAUGUUUCAGUACUGCAGGGAACGAACCAGAAGAUGAAGCAGCCCAGCUAUCAAGUGGUCAUCUGACAACACUGAGACAAAGAAGGUGGAGGGAAAGAAAUAGCACUGUGAUCCUUGAGCUGGCCAAGGGAAUGCUAGUUGAUCCUUAUGGAUCUGCAGAGAUCUUUUUGCCUGUCUCAGCUAUACCUAUCUGCAGUUGUCUCUUUGGGAUGUUAUCUAUGCAUCCUGGACAGGCUUGAGCAGCAUCUGCUUUACCUGUGUGAUCCUGACUCACACACAUUGAAGGCACGUUGGGGUUAGGGCUAUGGACAUAUACUUCCCUUGGCUGGCCAGCUGGGUGGAGCUUUUUGUCAGGGCUAGAGUCUGAAAUCAGGAGAUGGUCUGCUUUUUCAAUAGGCAAGGAAAAAGAGCUGUCCUGUACUACCUGAACUGUGACACUUUUAUAUGCACAAUGCUCAGAAUAAUUGGUUUGCAAUAUGUAUUUAAAUGCCUUGAAUUGAAAUGGUUGUUUCAAUGGAUCUGAUGCUUUUUACUGUUUUAUAAGGGAAUGUAGUAAAUAAAAGACCGAAAACCUUCAUAAAUGAAA